CAUAAGAAACGGGAGGUUUAACUGCGCAAGACACGUUUGUCCAUAUAAUUUAACGUGUUCGUAAUAAAAAUGUAAUUAACGACGAUUCGAACAUGUUAGAAGUGAACACGAAAUCUGAAUAUCAAUUGAACGUUUUGAAAAAUAGUGUAUUUCAUUGUCCACCAUCGUGUUCGGUAAUUGCUCCUUUAUCGUAAUUUGUACCGCUGUAUUUACGCUAGACUUUAUAUUUUUGUUGGAGCUUAACACCUUCUUUAGCCACUACACGUUAUCAUUAGGUAAACGUCUGAUCAAGGAAGUACGUUUCCGUGUCCAUUUGGCGAGAAAGAUCGAAUUGUUACGUAUAAUUUGAAAAUUAUACUGACCGAUUUUCGCUUUCCGCUUGAAGCGAAUAGCGGACGUCUAUAAAUGAUCCGGAUUCAUAGUAGUAGAUCGUAUACACCCGACCAGUACACUAUCCGAACAUUAACAUCAAAGGACACGCAUUAGUGAUAACAUGAGAGUCAUGGGAAUUUGGUUGGCUUUGAUGUGUUUUCUGGCGUUGCAACUUAAUUUAGCUUGCGGUGGUAUGAGCGAUAUCGACGAAUUUAGAAAAAUGACGGCCAAUUAUAGAAAAAAGUGUAUGGCGGAAACUAAGGUGAAACUCGAAAUUAUUGAGGACACUGAAUAUGGAGAAUUUCCGGAUGAUGAUAAGUUGAAAUGUUACUUCAAAUGCGUCCUCGAAAAGUUUAAAAUGAUGGACAAGGAUGGUAAGAUAAAGUACAAUUUACUGAAAAAAGUAAUUCCAAACGCUUAUAAAGAAUUGGGUAACGAGAUGAUUGAUAGUUGUAGCGACGUUGAUGAUGUGGACAAAUGCGAAAAGUCUUUCAAGUUUAUGAAAUGCAUGUAUGAAGUCAACCCUAUAGCAUUUAUUGCUCCGUAACCAUCACAGAAGUAAAGUGAAUCGUUUAAACAAUCCUUAUCGUUUCAAACUGA